GAGUUCAAAAAGGUGAAGCUUGUUCGAAACUUUCAUGGACGUCAUCCGAAAAUGAGCACUGCCGCCCCUUCAAGUAGCUCUCCACCUCCUCAGUACGUCGAACUACAGCGGUUGCGGCGUGGUACAGACGAAAAAACGGUACUGCAGCUAUUCGAAGACUCGGACUACAUUGGCGAUUUCGAGCAAUUAGAUGCAGUUACAGCACCUUCAUUUGUGACAGAAAAAACGCUGGCAAAUUUAUCUAUCGUCGAUGAUAUGAAGCAAAAGAAGAAGCUUGGUGAGUUUAAAAAGGUGAAGCUUGUUCGAAACUUCUAUGGACGUCAUCCAAAAAUGAGCACUGCCGCCCCUUCAAGUAGCUCUCCACCUCCUCAGUACGUCGUAAUCAAAACUAAGGCACCCAAGCAAACUGUUGUGAAAAAGCCGUCUAAUGUUCCACUCGUCCCUCCACAAUAUGGUCGUGAACCUCGCAUAGAAUAUGGCAAACGUGGAUUUGGAUCCAUCAAGGCAAUCCGCCAACCUUUCGUUUCGGAUACUUGGAGCAACGCUGGGAAACAAGCUUUCUAUCACGAAUUGCCAACAACGUGCCCAUUCCAGAUAAAUCCUCCAUCUUCCUCUUUACCAAUAGCCUUGGUGGAUAAUUCAAUCACACGAACGGAUCAGCCCGAUCUUGUACUUGGUCAACCCCACGUCAUUGCAGAAGUAGAAGCUCUACUUCGUAAUAUCAUUGCUAACGAUGGUAUAGGACCAGUAGAAGAAACGACAAAAACGUCCACAUCAUUGAGCACGACAAGCGUGACAAUGGUUGGGAUAACUGCGACCGCUACAGAACCACUUCUACCUCCAAAGGCAACAAGUACGGAAGAGAAGAUUGACUCUCGAAGAGCUACAGGCGAGCCACCACCGGAGACUACACCCGCUGUAGAAACGACCGACGCUCCUACCACUACCAGUGAGCCGGAUAUAGGAAAAGAGACAUCCACUGCUACGGCAGAGUCUAAGGAGUUAGAAACCACUACUGAGUUAUUUGAACCUUCAAAAGAGUCUACGACAACGGUGGUGAACAUCGACAGCAACGAAACAUCUGAACCUCCACUGGAGGCUGAAACCACGACUGUGGCGACGACUGAGGAGAUAUCGGAUCCCAGUGUUUCACCUUCCUCAGAACAUGUAUCAACGAUCGCACCAUCGACCGUGCCAGUAGAACCAGCUACCAGAGAAGCUCAAGAGGAUCUGGCAACAAGUGCGAAGACAAUUACAACGAGCAAACAAAAAGGCGAAGGAGUAGCGCAGAAAAGGAAAAAAUUGAAGGAUGAAGAGAUGGAAUGGCUCACCUCAAAAUCCUCACCUGUACUUCGUGCAGUUCAGCUGAACUCAACGGCUGCAGUUAAGCAGGAGCGACUGAAUCCUGAAAAUCCGGUGAGUAGUCUUACGAAGCUGUUUUGCUGUAGUCAGACGUGA